UCGGACGUACCACACACAGAUUGUCAUUGGAACUCGACGGUUAAACAUCACUGAUGACAAAGCGCGUUUUCAUUCAUUAAAAAUUGUCAAUUGUAAAAUGAAAAUAAAUUCCAAGUGCUCAUUGCAAGGAUCUGAGACUCUUUGAAUGGUUAACUAAUUUUUGUUUGUUUUUGAAUUAAAUUUAAUUCGCCUUCAACGAAUAUGUGACACUGUUUGAUAUUGUGUUGUGUUUUUCUACUUUUCAUUAAUUAAGUGAUUGCUUACGACAGACUGUUUUUGUUGUUUUAUUUUAAUCAACUAAUUUAUAUGGAAUUACGUGAUCGCGAUUCUGUCUAAUGUUUUAUUUACAUUUUGUAUAGAAAGAAGAAAUAUAUUUUCUUAAGUUUUCGACACACUUGAGGAAUUUAAACUAAGUAAAUUUGUGUUUGAUCGAACCGCCUUCCACGGAAUGACGUUUUGAUUAGAAUCCUAAAUCACGAGAGAGUGAAAAAAAAACUUCUUGUCUUUUGUUUAAAUUAUGGAAAAACCUAUUGUAGUGUUGGAUUAGAAGAAGAAAAAAAUCACACAAAAAAUUCCGAAAUAUUAUAUUUCAAGUGGUGCAGUGUGGUAGCUGAAAAUGCUAUUGUCAACUAUGUGAAUAGAGAAUAAUUUUUUGAUGCAUUGAGUGGUCCAAGUUUAUCGAAAGAUAAAUACAAAUAUUUGAAUAGAAAAGUUGAUUUAAAGAAAUAAAAAUAAGUGAGAGAACACAAUGGUGGUACCGACCAUGGAUACAUUGCCCAGAGUUCCGGACACGCAUGGGGAUACAGUGAACGAGAAAAUAUUUUCCGAUUUGUACAUACGAACGAGCUGGGUGGACGCAAAUGUUGCUUUGGACCAAAUAAAGAAGGGUAAGGCCCGUGGACGACGAUCUGCCAUAUAUAUGCGAUCAAUAUUUCAAUCACACCUCCAGACACUAGGAUUUUCCGUACAGAAACAUGCGGGCAAAGUAUUAUUUGUAGCAAUAUUAGUCUUAAGCACGUUCUGUGUAGGUUUAAAAAGUGCAACAAUACAUUCAAAAGUGCACCAGCUAUGGAUACAAGAAGGAGGACGACUAGAACAGGAACUACUUUAUACGCAGAAGAGUUUAGGCGAAAUGGAGUCGACGACACAUCAAUUACUCAUUCAAACGCCUAAAGAUCCGGAUGCCUCUGUGCUGCAUUCGCAGGCACUCUUAACGCAUUUAGAGGUAUUGAGGCAGGCUACGGCAGUGACAGUGCAAAUGUUUGAUAUAACAUGGAGUCUUCGAGAUAUGUGUAACGUUCCGACGAUACCGUUGUUCGAUGCCCAUUACAUUGAACAAAUCUUUGAAAAUAUCAUACCAUGUUCGAUUGUGACGCCUUUGGAUUGCUUUUGGGAGGGAAGCAAACUCUUGGGUCCGGAAUAUCCGGCACACAUACCAGGAUUUGUCGGUAAAGUUCAAUGGACGUCGUUGAAUCCACAAAGUAUGCUGACCGACAUGAAAUCGUUGCACUAUCAAUUUCCAUUCGACACCAUUCAACAGUACAUGAAGCGUGCGGGAAUUUCAACCGGUUACACAGAGAAACCCUGUUUAGAUCCAAAAGAUCCGUUGUGUCCAGAAACUGCACCGAAUAAGCAGUCGUUGAAGGUACCUGACGUUGGUGCCGAGUUAACGGGAGGCUGCUACAGUUACGCCGCAAAGUACAUGCAUUGGCCGGAAGAAUUGAUUGUUGGUGGGGCAGAACGAAAUCGCACUGGCCAUUUAAAGAAGGCAAAGGCUCUACAAACGGUUAUACAAUUGAUGACUGAACGAGAAAUGUACGAGUUCUGGAACGGUCAUUACAAAGUCCAUCACAUCGGAUGGACACCUGAAAAGGCGGCUCAAGUGCUGAACUCAUGGCAAAAGAAAUUUUCUAACGAGGUAACGAAAAUCAUGAAAUCAGAGAGCAUCACCACUUCUUUCGAUGUGUUCGCAUUUUCAUCGGCUACGCUGGAUGACAUUCUGGCGAAGUAUUCGAAUCCAAGUCCUAUGAGUCUUGGUAUUGCAAUUGCGGCAACCAUAAUCUACUCGGCUAUUACGUUGAUUCGUUGGAAGGAUCCUGUUAAAAGUCAAAGUGCAGUAGGAAUUGCUGGGGUGCUACUAAUUGGAAUGUCAACCGCUGCUGGUCUGGGAUUGUGUGCUCUAUUAGGGAUUCCUUUCAAUGCAGCUACUUUUCAAGUGGUACCAUUUCUGGCUCUUGGUCUUGGUGUCGGACAUAUAUUCACAUUAACUCAUGCUUAUGCCGAAAGUAAUGACGGUGAACAGACCAAGGACAUCUUAAAGAAAGCUGGACCGACCGUCCUGUUUACUGCUGCUACAACAAUCGUUUCGUUUUUUGCUGCUGUUCUGAUUCCUGUGCCAGCUUUAAAAGUGUUCUGCCUUCAAGCUGCUAUUGUCAUUUGCUUCAACUUGGCAGCAGCCCUACUAGUUUUUCCCGCCAUGAUUUCAUUAGAUCUUCGUCGUCGUCAAUCCGGCAGAGCUGAUAUAUUUUGCUGUUGCCUACCACCGUGGAAAACAAAGCCGGUCAACUCAAAUGGAUGUACGAUCAGUUCGCAAGAGCAAGGACUUUUAACCUACGCCGAAAAAAAUUGCUCAACAUUUUCGCUGUCCCAAUUCGCUUACAAAUACUAUGCACCGUUUCUGGUAACAAGCACGGCAAAGUUCUUCGGUAUGCUACUCUACUGCAUAGUUCUUGGAUUUUGUUUAUUCCAUGCGGUAAAGCUACAGGACGGCCUCGAUCUGUACGAUAUAGUUCCUAAAGACACAAAUGAACACAAGUUCCUAAAUGCACAAAGUGAUUUAUUCGGAUUCUACAAUAUGUUUGCCGUUACCCAAGGCGACUUUGAAUAUCCAACGAACCAAAAACUCUUAUACGAAUACCAUGAAGCGUUCGUCCGUGUUCCGCAUGUGAUCAAAAACGACAACGGUGGAUUACCAGAGUUCUGGUUAAGCAUGUUUCGUGACUGGCUCAUCAAUUUGCAAAAGACUUUCGAUCGCGACUGGGUGGAGGGAAGAAUAACCCAAGAGAGAUGGUACAAUAAUGCCAGCACCGAUGCCAUUUUAGCCUACAAAUUAUUGGUUCAAACCGGACAUGUUGACAAUCCCAUUGAUAAGAGUUUAGUACUGCAAGGUCGUUUGGUUGACGCCGAUGGAAUCAUCAAUCCGAAAGCUUUCUACAAUUAUUUGUCCGCAUGGGCUUCUAACGAUGUAUUCUCAUACAGUGCAUCGCAGGGCAAACUUCGUCCCGAACCCAGACAAUGGUUCCAUUCACCCAGUGACUACGAAUUGAAAAUUCCGAAAAGUCUUCCGUUAGUCUACACACAGUUACCUUUCUAUCUACACGGACUAAUCAACACCAAUGAAAUCAAAACAUUGAUCAGCACCAUUCGAGACCUGUGCGAGAAGUACGAGAUCAGAGGCCUUCCGAAUUAUCCAUCUGGUAUCCCGUUCAUAUUUUGGGAACAAUACAUGAAUCUUCGAGUAUCAUUAGCAUUGAUCCUAAUGUGUGCCAAUGUCGCUGCAAUGUUUCUGGUUGGAGUGUUACUGUUAUCCGUGUGGGCCGCGCUAUUGAUCGUGUUCAACGCCUUGGCAACACUCAUACAACUUUUAGCUGUUAUGAUUUUGUUGGGUAUUAAGUUGUCGGCUAUUCCCGCUGUCAUAUUGGUGCUAAGCGUAGGAUUUUCAGUAUGCUUCACCGUUCACGUAUCUUUGGGUUUUGUCACUUCAGUCGGCAGCCGGGAACGACGGACUCGUCUAGCUUUGCAAAGUGCACUUCCUCCAGUCAUUCACGGUACUCUGACAUCGAUUCUGGCCGUCGUAAUGUUAUACACCUCACCAUUCGAAUUCAUUGUUCGCCACUUCUUCUGGCUGCUGUUCGCAGUCACAAUAAUAGGCGUCAUCAAUGGAUUGUUCUUCUUCCCCAUUCUUCUGAGCCUGAUCGGUCCUGCCGCCGAAUUAAUACCACUAGAACAUUCAGAUCGCAUUUCAACACCAUCACCGCCAGCACAACGAUCCAAACGAACAAACAAAACGGUUGUGCUGAACAGUCGUUCCUCAUCUCGACUGGCACCAUGCAACAAACCGCAUCAUCAUCACAAACAUGUCAACAUCAACAACGAACCGUCCCUGACAACCAUCACCGAAGAGCCGCAAUCGUGGAAAAGUUCAUCGUCGUCCAUAUCGACGGCCGGUGGUGGUAAUGACACCAAUCAUUCGGAGCUGAAAAGUAUAGUUGUGCAACCGGAAGUGACGGUGGAGACGACACACAACGGUACUGAUCAAAAUACCAAGGUGACGGCGACGGCAAACAUCAAAGUGGAAUUGGUCACACCGUCCGGACGAUCGAGAAGCUAUCACAGCUAGCGUACGUAGCUAAAACGUUUCAUUUAAAUGUAAGUAGGUCAAUGAAUUAUUUAAAUUUUCUCUUUAGUUCGUAAGUAGCAAAAAGGAUGGAAAAACAAUUUAAUUUAUUCAACAAAUUUUUUUAUGCAUUUUGGUGGGUGUACGUUGAUUGAGAGUUAGGUAUUUUUUUUGUGUUUCGUGUCGUGAGUGAGUGAAUUUGUGAGUGAUGAUAUUUUCAUAUUAAAAUUAAAUGAUGAACAACUAUUAGAUUAUAGUGUAACGUGUUACUUAUGGUUUGUUUUUUAAAUAUUUUAAUUUAAACUCUAAAGAUUACGAGAAAAGAAAAUAAAACGUAUUGAGAUUAAGAUGUGCUCAUGCCCCUAAAAAUAUAUUUAAUAAAUUUUGUGUACAUAUUCAAAGCAUUAGGAUCAUUAAUUUUGUAAAAAUAAUAAAACUUCUCACACAACCAGAUAGUAUUUUUGUGGUUUGUUUGUGGAACAUAUUUCGCAGAUGGAUUGGUAAAAUUUUCUUUUAGUUUUCCACUAAGAAAAUUUAAAAUAAAAAUAAAAAUCUCGCAAAAAUAACAAAAAAAGGAAAAAAUAUUACAUCGGCAGGCCUCCCACACCUUCUAAAAUUUCAAAAAGCUCCAAAAAUUCCUAAAUUGAGAAAAUUCGAAAAUCUCAUUACACUCCAAUAAAUCAACUGCUUUUUAUUUAGUUCCAAUCAUUUUCGGUCAGUACAGUGGCGGUAGCUCAGUCAAAUUGUGAAAAUUUUUGGAAAACUUUCGUGACCUAAAUUUCGUUGGAAAUCACCUUUCAAAUUAGCUAUCACAAUCACAUACUUUUAGUCACAUUUAAUCUUUAACUUUGACUCCAUCUCAAAACCGGACAAUCCAAAUAUUUUUACCUUUUUGUAUGCUAUGCAUCCUCAGAAAUACAACUUUCACCGAAUCAAAGAAAAAAACGUAAAUUUGGUGUAGGAAGAGCCAAAUGUACAAAAUCGAACUUAGCGCCUUUUGGUAACUUUGGGUGACUCAAAUUUUUCUGGAUCCUGUAAAAUCAAGACAAUACUUUGCACUUUGGAAAUCAGAAGAUUUCAUGAGAAAUAGAGUAACAAAAUAAAUUGGGGCUUAUCAACAUUCAUUCAGUGAUGAAUUUAUCACAAAAAUAGUGGACUACCACAUCCAUAGAGCUAUUUCUACGAUGAAACAUAAAAGUUUGUUAUCAAAUAUAUAAAUUCUUCCCAGCGAAUGAACAAUCCUAAAAUUCUGCUAAAACUUAAGUCUAAAAUUCCUAUAAUAGGAGGAUUUUUAAAGCGUGGGAGGCCUGCACUGGGCGCCAAACGAAAAGGCUUUACUAUAAAAUCGUUA